AAUGGGCUCAGGAGAAGGGAGUUUUGCUCUAGCGGAGAUUCUGGGCCGUGGCUAUGGACUGCAGCAGCAGCAGGACGAGGGAUCUCCUCACCGGACCAAGACCCUAGAGGACCUGGAGAGAAGCCUGGCGGCCACGCGGGCUCAAACUGGCUGCUGAUUGAAAAGAAGUGACAAAAUUCAGCUCUCUAGAACUUGAAUUUGACACCCCUGCUCCACGUCAUCCCAUUGGUUGAGAAAGCACCUUUCCCCUGCUCAGGACACAAACUCAAACCGCCCCUCAGGGUGAUGAGAGGCAGGAGAGAGCAAAGAUUGACGGAUGAGAUGCCUCUGGAGGAGCUCCUGGCGCUGUACGGGUAUGAGGUGUCGGACCGAAUUUCGGGGGAUGGCAGCGAGCCCACCGAUCUUCCAGCACACCUGCCCGACAUGACGCUGGACAAGGACCAAAUUGCGAAGGACCUGCUCUCCGGCGAGGAGGACGAGGAGACGCCGUCCCCGCCCGAUGACCUCACGCCCUCCGUGACCUCCCACGCCUCCGACCUCUUCCGCCUGCACCUCCGAGCACACGUGCAGGUGGGCGAGGGCAGGGACAUCUCCAGCAGCUCUGCAGACGAAGACUCGGAGGGGAGCUCCGCGCCGUCCAGCGAAGGCCGCAAGGACAUCAUGGUGGGUCCUCAGUACCAGGCUGCUAUCCCACCCCUGAGCCCUUCGUCCUGCCAGGACAGAGCCUAUGAGAACGAGGACCAGCUGCUGUGGUCGCCGGGCGUGUUGCCGGGGGAGGCGGUGGAGGACUUCCUGCUCCGGGCUCAGGGGUGGGGGGGCGAGGAGGGGGCGACUGAGACCCCCACUGCAGGGGACAUUAUCAGGGACAGCGAACAGGCUCUGUAUGAGUUGGUGAAGUGCAGCUUCAACAUGGAGGAGGCUCUGAGGAGACUGAGCUUCAAUGUCAAAGUGUUCAGAGAGGAGCUGUGUGCGUGGAGUGAGGAGGAGUGUAGAAACUUUGAGCAUGGGUAUCGGGUUUACGGGAAGAACUUCCACCUCAUCCAGGCCAACAAGGUGCGCACGCGUUCCGUGGGGGAGUGCGUGGAGUACUACUACUCCUGGAAGAGGUCCGACCGGCACGACUGCUUCACCCUGCAGACCUCCAGGCUGGGACGCAGCAAGAAGUACAGCCUCCAGCCCGGGAACAUGGAGGACGGGGAGCAGGACGGUGAGGGGCGGGGCAGCCGAUCGCACAGCCCCCCCCAGGGGCCCGGGACCACGCCCCAGCUCCACCCCCCCCUCCCCUCCUGAGACCAACCACCUGGACCUGGAAAAGACAGACGAGGAAGGGGUGGGGUUCUCCACCCUCCUGCAGGGUCGUCCUCGACGAAAACGAACGACCCGCUUUCACUUAAAGCCUUGACCCCCCCCUCCCAGAACCCCCCCCAAAACACAGCGUGCCCCCCACAGAUGCAGACUCUGGGUUCAGAGUCGGGGUGUCGGAGCGGGGCUCCGGUUCGGCC